AUGUCACUGUCUGAAGUCGACGAAUCUGGACCUAGUUCCAGCCUGACAAUAUUACCGUCGGUUGAUGCAACUUACCAGCAUUUAGGAAACGCAAGGACCAAGGAGCUGGGAUGGGAUGGACUCAAUGACCCGAGCAAUCCUCGUAACUGGAGCAAUCGAAGGCGCUGGACCGUUACGUUGGUUGUCAGUCUUUUCACGUUCAUAAGCCCGGUCGCUUCGUCGAUAUCUUCUCCUGCUUUGCCAAUUAUCUCUGAUGCGCUGGAUAUCCCGCACGACUCGAUUUUACAAAAUAUGUCGCUCUCCAUUUUCGUCCUGGCGUAUGCAUUAGGACCCUUGAUAUGGGGACCAAUGUCCGAGCUCUGUGGUCGCCUUGUAGUUCUACAGGUAUCUAAUAUCUGGUUCUUAGUGUUCAACACCAUUUGUUCUAUCGCCAAGACGCCUACACAAAUGCUAAUUUUCAGAUUCUUGGCUGGAUUCGGCGGGGCUGCACCUCAGUCCGUCGGUGGCGGCGUCGUUGGCGAUCUGUGGUCGCCAGAAGAGAGGGGGAUGGCGAUGAGUCUUUACUCCCUUGCUCCAUUAGUCGGACCUUCCACCGGCCCUUUAGUUGGCGGAUGGAUAGCGUCACGGGUCCGGUGGGAGUGGGUCUUUUGGAGCGUCAGCAUCUCUGACGCCAUCCUACAAAUCGCAGGCUUCAUCUUCCUAGAAGAAACGUAUGUUCCGGAGCUGCAGAAGCGCAAGGCGCGGGCUCUCAGGAAGUCGACCGGCAACGUCAUGAUUCGUUCACGGUUCGAGCAGCCUGGCCGACAUUGUGCUAGCGUUAUGACCCAAGGCAUGAUCAAGCCGCUUAAGUUUCUGGCCACGGAACCUAUUGUGCAGGUCUUCGCCCUGUAUAUGGCUGUUCUGUAUGGUGUAUUGUAUCUGAGUCUUUCGUCUUUUGUCAAGGUAUACACUGACCAAUAUCACGAAAACACUGGAAUCUCAGGCUUGCACUAUCUCGCAAUCGCCUUGGGAUCCACAGUCGGAGGGCAAGUUGGUGCACGCGUCCUGAAUAGGAUUUACGUCCGAUUGAAAGUCAAAAAUGGGGGGAUUGGCACCCCUGAAAUGAGAUUACCGCUUUUGAUGGUUUCUGCGACCACGCUUCCGAUUGGAUUGUUGAUAUACGGAUGGACCGCCAAUGCGCGUAUCUUUUGGCUUGCUCCUGGACCGCUGAUAGACAUCGGCGUAUUCAUAUAUUCCAUCGGAAUCGGCGGAAAUUGGACAUGCAUACAGACAUAUCUGGUGGAUAACUACGCACUCCAUGCCGCCAGUGCAAUCGCAGGAGUCUCGUCGUUCAGGGCCUUCGCUGGAUUUGGGUUUCCUCUCUUUGCUGACAAGAUGUACGAGAGAGUUGGCGACGGCUGGGGAAACUCCAUCCUGGCUUUGAUCUGCUUGGUCAUUGGCUGUCCGGCGCCUUUUAUUUUCUACAGAUAUGGUCCUCAGCUACGAACGCGGAGCAAAGCAACUUCCGUCGAGCAAUGA